AUUUCUGGCUUACUAGGACUCCUUAAAUCACAUGAUCACUUAUAAAAGAGGUAACAGGCUCUGGGAUCUUGCAUUGUAUCACACUGAAACUACUGAGUGGGUUUACUAAACAUUUGUAUCAGGCAAUGUGGACUGAUCCACCCCCAUCAAGGUAGGGGCAGGUGGUAUAUUCCUUUGUGGGUUCUCUGGCUGUGCAGGGAGAGUGCAGGGACUGAGGGGGAUCUGUGCACACUUUGCAGGCAAUGAGCACCCAGGGCUGGCUCCCUGUGCAGCAUGAGGAGAAGCAAAGUGAUGGUCCUGGCGACCUGUCUGGGAUCCUUCAUAUUAAUCAUCUUCUACUUCCAGAACAGCCUGAGCUCAGGUGAGGACCAUUUUAUGGGCAAUUGGAAUGCGAAGACAAGACGAAGCCCCUUGCAAGCAUUGUACGACAGUGAACAGUUUGAGCUUUCAUCAAUCCAAGCUAAACACCAGAAUCGUCGGGAGCUGCUGGCCAGCGCCUGCAAGACCUACACGAGGAAACGUCGUGUCCUAACUGCCGAUGACCUCAAACACCUGAUUGUGGAUGACACACAUGGGUUGCUGUAUUGUUAUGUACCUAAGGUGGCAUGCACCAACUGGAAGAGAGUUAUGAUGGUUCUAACUGGCCAGGGCAAGUAUAAGGACCCUACACUUAUUCCAGCCAACGAGGCCCAUGUUCCAACUAAUCUUCGUACCCUGUCAGAGUUCACUACUUCUGAGAUCAAUUACCGACUUCGGAACUACCUCAAGUUCAUCUUUGUAAGGGAACCUUUUGAGAGGUUGGUGUCUGCCUACAGGAACAAGUUCACUCGUACAUAUAACACUGCCUUUCACAAGCGAUAUGGCACCAAAAUAAUAGAGCGUCAUCGCAGAGACCCAUCUCUUGAAGCACUUGAACGUGGAGACGAUGUAACAUUUGAGGAAUUCCUAUAUUACUUGGUCGACCCACAAACACAAAGAGAAGAGCCAUUCAAUGAACACUGGGAGCGGGUACAUUCCUUAUGCCACCCAUGUAUUGUCCAGUACGACAUAGUGGGCAAAUAUGAGACUCUAGAAGAGGAUGCAAACUAUCUCCUUCAACUUAUAGGGGUAGGAGAUUCCAUUAAGUUUCCAUCUUCUUCCAAAACCACACGAACCACCGAUGGAAUGGCUGCCGAUUUCUUCAAGGGCAUCAACCGUUUCUACCAACGCCGUCUCUUCAACCUCUACAAGAUGGACUUUUUGCUUUUUAAUUACAGUAUUCCACAUUACUUGCAGAUACAUUAAGUGUGGAUUGAGGAGGAAGGUGCAGGGGCCUGGUGCUCUCUAGCACUUAUCCAGUGGAGGGAAAACAAAGGAGCCAAAUUUAUUUAUUGCAAUGUGAACUUUUGCCUUGGCUGUGAAUGCAAUUGAGUUUGUGCCAGUGCUAUAUAUUUUUCUAGUCAACUUAGAAGCCAGAACUUGAAUGUUGUAGUGUUAGGUACUCUUGCUGGCCACCUUCUUUAUCAACACAAUAAGGCUGCGGGGAUCGGCCAUUUUGCUCUUAUACAGCAUCAGUUGAGGCGGCUUGAGCGCUUAUCAGUAUGAAAUGUAAAAAUACAUUCAUGAGUUGGAAGUUCGAAUUUUGUUUUCCCCUGAAUGGGGUCAUCUACCAACUCAGACUUACCAGGAUAAUCUUUACCAGAUGUCCAAUGAUUUCUUCCACGUUGGAUGUAUUUCUGAUGUUUUUAUGAUUAAAUAUGAUGCAAUUGGCCUCUUGUUUCACCACAAUAACAUUAUAUGUGUUUGUCAUCUUUAAAGGCUAUAUCCAUCUACAUGACUAACUUUAUUUUUUUAUAUUGUUUAAAUGGGGGGGGGGGCAACUUUGCAGGCCCUUAGACUGGCCUUCUAUAGUUCAAUUAUAACAGACAACAAACCCUACUCUGUCUGCUCCUGUAGCUUUACUUCUGACCUCCAGCGAUCAGACACUUAUCCCGUAUUCCGCAGAGAGGGGAUAAAUUUUUUCCACUGGACAUCUUCUUUAAAUAUUUUGCUUUUCCCCUUUUUUUUUUUGGUUUACUUCUGGAAAGCUCAUGAGAUAAUAAUAAUAAUCUCCAUAGGUCUAAAACUGGAGGGUAUAUGUGGGAAGGGGGGAUAGUCAAUUGAAUACUGUAUUAGACUAUGGAUAAUGAAAACCACUAUAUGGCAUCCCCCACAGGCAUCAAUAUAAAGGGAAACUGACUGCUGGUUCCCAGGUACAACCACUGUGGGUAAACCAGAUUAAAAUGAUGUAUAAUUUACCCGGAUUGGUGCCCUAGUUCCAGGGAUACACUCUGUAUGAGCCACCAUUGCGAAUAUGUAAAUUGACUACUUUGGGCAAUAAAGGUGGGGAAACGGCAAACCCAGCAUCCCUGCCUCCUCCCCCUUGGCUACAAUAUGCCUGCAUGAGGGUGCAAGGUGGGCGGGUGUAGAGAGGUGCAGAGUGGAUGGCGGCAGAGAUGCCAGAUCCUUCCCCCAUUGCGCAAAGGACGAUAUUUGCAUAUGAACAACGGAGGCUUAUACAGCAUGUCUCCAGAACAGCAGUACCAAUCCGGGUGAUACAUUAUUUGAAUCCGAUUGAUCCAUACUCUAACACAGAGUUUCCCAAACGCGGUCCUCAAGCACCCCCCAACAGGUCAUGUUUUCAGGAUUUCCUUCACAGGUGAUAUAAUUAUGGUCAGUGAAUUAGGCAUCACCACAGUUAUAUCACCUGUGAAAGACUAAAGAAAUCCAGAAAACAUGACCUGUUGGGGGUGCUUGAGGACAGAGUUUGGGGAAACACUGCUCUAACACCUUGAAUUGGGUUUAGUGCUGGUGAACCAGUUUUCAGUUUUCCUUAACAGAUAUGUAAAGAGAAAAAGCUACUGAAAAGCUCAUGAUGUUAAAUGGAUACCGCAAUAGGCUAGUGGUGGCAUCCAUGAAAAAAUGAUGGCGAUUAAUCGCUGAAACAUGUAGAGGUGGCAUCUAAUGGUUUUAAGCGCAUGUUAUAUAUGCCAAUUUUGUGGGAUCACACAUACAGAUCAUCCCACUGCUAGGAUAUAUAGAGAGUGGUGUUCCACCUGAUAAUAUGAAAUCCAUGGGCAUAUAGUACAUGCAUUUUUAAUUCACUUUCAGCACCAAUUGUUUUGUUCAUGUAUUUAACAUACACUAAUAAAAGUUAUGUUUUAGGGAAUCCCCCCCAUAUAGGGAUAUCUGUACCCCAGGCUAUGUGCUCUAGGGUAAUUGUGUUCUAUAGUUGUUCAGAUCCUGGAUUUCCUUUUGGGGACGUUUGUGAUCACUUUUAGGCAUUUAUCAGUCUCCGUUUAAUUUUUUUUUUUUUUUUUUUCAGGCGUAAAAGUUUAAAGGGGCAUUUCAAUAUUUAAAAAAAUAAAAACAAAAAGUACCCCAUUCCCCGCAGUGACUCCUUAUGAUCCCAUGUUGCUCAUCUCUGCUCCCUUCUGAUACAAGAUGUCUUAGCACGACAUGCCUGCUCAGCAAAUCAUCGGCCAAAACAGGAUACCGCUGUGGCCAGUGAUUGGAUGAGUGAGCAAGUGUUGUUCCUGCUUCUGAAACGAGAUGUCAGGAAAGCAGACAAAAAGGAAGCCGCUUCAGGGGACGGAGGCAGAAGAGUAUCCCUUUUUCUUACAGUAGUCCAGUGGUGACUCAGUGGUGAGCAACUUAUUCCAUAUCCUAAGGAUAGGGGAUAAGUUGCAGA